AUGAAAGAUGCUGUGUUUCUGACAAGGCCGAAUGCAGAACCGUACUAUGUUACGGAAGGACAAGAAGGCCCAGUAAUGGAAUGCAGCUUUGCUCCUGAAUUCCGUAAUCGUACUCGAUAUGAGCCAAGUUGGACAGUUGUAGCUGGUGAUUUACCCAGGCAUUUAACACGUAAUGGAGUGUCAUUUUCGAAGCAACAUUACGAACUGUUACAAACAAGUGGUGCAUAUAAUUUACAAAUUCGGCAUGUUGUUUUUCGUCGAGAUAAUGGGAAAUUUUUCUGCACUGUUCUGGACAAAGAAUCUGGAGCACAGUAUACCGUACAAGCAAAUGUCGUCGUCGUUGUGGAGCCGGAGAAACCAGUAAUCACUCGGCAGCCAUCCGGAACAAUCGAGGAAGGUGAACUGGUAACGAUUGAAUGCCAAACGACGGGUGGUAAUCCACCGCCUUCAUUUGUGUGGGUUUUCAGUAAUCGCUCUGUGGUACCAGAAGAAUGGUAUCACGUAAAAUCGUCUAGUUCACCCGAUCGACCAUCCGUAUCCAUUCUUCAGUGGCGAGUAAAUGCAGAGGACAAUGAAGCUUAUUUGAACUGUCAGAUUUGGAAUGAAGCACUGCCGAAGGGUGAACAUAAAGACGCUAGCACAACUCGCUUAAAUGUAUUAUACGGACCAAAAGUUCACGCUGGUCCAGUGCAUGACUACAACGUGGAAGAAGGAGAACGUGUAGAGCUCACAUGUUCAGCAAAUGGUAAUCCUGCUCCGUCACAAUUCGAAUGGCAUCACAUCACUAGUGGUGAACGUUUUGCCGGAAUAAACUGGCAAUUCUUAGCUGAACGAAAGCAUAGUGGUGAUUUCCGGUGCAUGGCAACAAAUUCUAUGGAAAGUGGUGCCGAUAAGUUAACGCUGAAUGUUCAGUAUGGACCAAUCGUCAAAGUUAAAGAACGGAUAAAUCCGGCAGAAGGUGACGCAGUAACAUUAGAGUGCGUAGUUGAUGCUAAUCCACCAGCCAAUUCAAUUGUUUGGUCUGGACCAAAUGGCAUUACUUCUGAAGGAUCAAUCUUCAAAAUUGAUUCUAUACAAAGAACACAUUCUGGCAACUACACCUGCACAGCAAUCAAUGCGUUAACGGUUCACAGUUCGAAAUCGAGAUCGGUAACACGGACCGGUCAAGCAUUCACUGUUAUUGAUGUAUUACGCCGGCCAGGAGAAGCACUAAUAACGGCUUCCAGUACCAUGAUUGCAGUUGGGGGUGGAACAACACUGAGGUGUACAGCCGUUGACGUAGGCAGUCCGGAAGCAGAAUAUCGUUGGUUGACGCCAUCCUCUUCUGGCAGUUACGGAGAACAAAAAAGCCCCAUUUACAUCCUUGAACGUGCUAUGUUAAGUGAUAAUGGUGAUUAUCGAUGUAUGCCCUUUAACAGAAUCGGUAAUGGAGUGGAAGGGGUUUUGACGAUACAGGUGAUUGAACCGUCCAAAAUAACUCGCCCACUACCGGAAAGCCUCAUUUUCAACGCUGGUGAAACAUCCGUCACUUUGAGAUGUGAAGCACAGGGCUAUCCGGCUCCACAGUUCCAGUGGCUUAAAGAUGGACAAGUAAUUAACAAACAAGAUGGCAGUACUCAUUGGUCGAUCAGUUCGGAGCAACAUCCAAACGACUGUCCAAAAAGUGAUUUUUGCUCCAUCACGAUGAUUGCGUUUUUGAAUUUCCUACAACCGCUGGGAUGGAAUGAUAAGGGCAAUUACUCGUGCAAAUUCACCAGUGGUUUACAAAAAUUCGUAACCAGUUCGAUGGCACUUAGCGUAAUACAUGGACCUGUAAUACUUAACGAACGAUAUCCAAGCGAUGCUUUGGCUGCUGCUGAUGUUGGAUCUACUGCAAGGAUAGUGUGCCAUGUAUCAGCGCGUCCUGAACCGGAAUUUGUGUGGUUCCGAAAUGGAAGUGAAGUACGCGAUGGGCAAUCCCGCUAUGUCGUGCGUAACAUUCGUCUAAAUGAUAAAAUAGAUGAGUUUCAAUCCAUUCUAGAAAUCGCUGAUUCGAUGAUCUACGAUCAUGGACCAUACAUUUGUCGAACUAGCAAUGGUAACGGUCAGGAGGAGGAACUAGUCUUCAAAUUACAGACUAAAAGCAAACCGCAGGCUCCACGUGAACUUCAGUUGAUAUCUUCAUUGCCAACUUCAUUGUUUGUUGGUUGGCGGCCAAGUUUUGAUGGCGGCGAAGAACAAAACUUCCAGCUCGAAUAUCGUAAAGUGAAUCCAGCAAAAGGGAUUCCCGAUUCAACGGAACCCGUAGCGAUUUACAUUGAUGGUCGUAACGCAUCCUACCUUACUUUAUAUGAAGAAGAUGAAACUGGUCAUCGGUCAAGGCGAGCUUUCUCUUCCAUUGCUUACAUGGUUUACAACAUCAGUCAUUUGAAUCCGUUGAGUACGUACUGGUUUCGAGUUCGUGCUCGGAAUUUAAUAGGUAACAGUGACUGGACUCCGGUCACAACGGCAACCACAUCAGAUGUACGAGAAUGCGCAGCGAUACCUCGACCACUGACUCUCUAUUAUAAUAGCGCUCAGCAGAAAAUUGAUUUUGAGAUAAAGCAGUUAAAUGACGAUUUAUGUGUUUUGCUAUUAUUUGCAUCAGGAAAAAAUGGGCAGGACAUUGGAAGUGGAAAUGAGGGAAAAGAACUGAGCGCAAACUGGCGUGCCAUGGAUUGUUUUGAUCAAACUCCUAUCUAUGAUGUGCCAUCUGCCGAUUAUUUGAAAGCUCGCUUGUGCCAUAAGCUAAAUCUUGCUAACUGCUCGGCUGCCUCAGAAAUUAUCGUCUCGUCAACUCUUUUGGCAUCUGGAUGGAUGUACAUGAUAUCGCUAGGCGCUGUGAUACUUUUCCUGCUGUUCACACUUUGUUUCAUCAUCAUCUGCUGUCAGAUACGGCGAACAUUUAACCCUAAGAAUAAGAAAGAGAAGAAUUUUGUGAAUAACGAAAAAAGGAAUGAUACUAGUGCACCAUUAUCGCAGUCAAAUACAAAAAAUACUUUAAUUCACGGGUCUCAAACCGAUAGUGGUAUUUUCACUCUCGGUUCAACUCCCAAUACUAACAAAUCAAAUGGGCAGUCGACUCAGAGCACUCAAGGAUUUUCCACGAGGACUGGUACGGUUACCGACCAGUGGAAUACCAACGUAGAACCAUUUGCAUACAACAAUGAUCCGUACCUUCAAGAAUACAACACACAGUAUCAAAUUUCCCCUUCUUUACAAGAUAACAAAUAUGAUGGUUUUAUAGAUGGGUUUCCCUCAAAUGAUCAGGAGUUAAAUGAGCAUCGAAAUAGUAUAGAUGGUCCCUCAACAAUAAUACAUGAUGACCAGGAUAGCGACGAGACAUCUUAUACAACGAACGGUACCAGGAGAGUCAUGCGAGAGAUCAUUGUAUAAUAAUGGGUACAGUAAUUAC